AUGGACGAGAGCCGAGUCAGCGAAUUUAUGUUCAGCGCCAAAGCCAUGAGCAGUUUAUUGGCGCUCUCAGAAUUAGCCGCCUGGCUUGCUAUCACGUAUAUUGCUGCCGCUGGUCAGGUCUGGGCUUCGGCACUGUUGGACCUCGCACGUUACCGCCUACACGGAUAUCGAGAAAACUUCGGCCAACAUACUCGUGAAUAUAACGAUCGUCACGGACUGGUGCUGAGCCACCCUUUCGUUCAAUACACCAUGGCGAACAGCUCAUCUAUCAUGGUCUUCGCAUGCUCUGGAGUACCGACUGCUUCAGAUCCUUACGUCGCUUAUGCAGCCCUUUUGCGAAACUACAUCAUUUUGACAUGA